AUGGCUGAGAAGAAAGCUCAAACUCAAACUGCCUCAGUUGAUCAGCCAGAAAUGGUUGUUCUUCUAUUGCUUGCUAUUAUUCUUGUCGGAGUUGUUAUUGCUAUUCCAAUCAUAUAUACAACUGGAAGAAAUCCAGCCGAUUCUAUCGAUCAAAGUAUAACAAAUGUCUCAACAGAUUAUACAAAAAAUGAAUGUACACAAACAUUUUCAAAUGUCGAAACAAUAGCUUAUUUAACUUAUCAGGAACCAUUUCCAUUUAAACUUCAUACUUAUAUCUAUCGUCCAACAGUUAUUACAACAAGAUUAUCAGUCAUGUUUGCAUUUCGACAUGAUACUAGCUCUUGGUCAUUAGAUAAAAUAUCAUUUAAUGAUACAACAAAUGAUCAAGCUCUUUUUACAGACGGAGAUUUUGAAUCAAAUUAUUUAAAUAAAAAUUAUGAGCAAUGCAUUUUAUCAAAUACACGAAGUUCAAUAACUGAUAUUUUAUUUGAUAAUCCUUAUUCAAACGAUUUUUAUUAUAAUGAUCAAACAAAUGUUGGAAUGACUUAUUUAAGUCAACAAAUUGAUGUUAUUGGUGGAAGAUAUUAUAAUAUAUCUUUUUAUCUUGAAAAUCGAGGUUAUCCAAACAAUACUUUUCUUCUUCUUAUUGGUUAUUAA